UGUUUCUGAAUUUUUAUACAAUUUCAGUUAUCUCAAGUGUGACAGUAGGUACAACAGAAUGUAAAACAACCAUUUCAUCGUGCUAAAAGAACUACAAUCGUUGCUAUUUCACCCUUCCAAUGCCAUGUAUAUUAAAUGUUCGUGUCUGCUGCUUGCAAAAGAUUUUUCUAAAGUGUCGAAUUCAAUCUAUAUCUGAGUAACACAUUAGAAGGCUUUAGAUUCCAUUUAUGUUUAUUGGUGAUAUGUCCCUGCAGAUUUUAUUAAGUGCUUUAAUCUGAAUAAUAAAAGAAAAAUAGGUAAUUACGCUAAUUAGUAGUUUGUCCUUUUCAUCGUUAGCCCUGUCGCUCGAACAUACCUCAUAGUGAAUAUCUAAAUCUUCCAAAUCUUUGUUUAAAGAAGCUCUUGAAUAUCUGUGCGAUUCAAAACUGGGAGGGCUUCUUGUGCUCAGGCUGCCAUAACAAAUUGAGACCUCAGCUUGAGGGUGGAUUCGAACUGCAGUAUACUUAAAGAUUUAAAGAUGGCCAAGCUUUGUAAUGCCACUUAUUAGAUACACAAAAGCUGCCGCAGAAUUUCAGUGCAACCAACUUCCGUGUAGAUAGUUCAACCUAUCCGCAGACAUUUCAUGUUUGUGAAUUAUCUCGGGAAAGGCAAGCAGUGAGUGGAAGUCAUGACAGUGCUUUACUGACUAUUGGAGCUGACUGUUGGAUGGUACCUUGUACUUUGUGUAAUAAUACCCACCUGCGACUACUGGUCCCAAGGGUAAACGGUUGCCAAGCAAAUUUCUCCAAAACUGGUUCGUGUUGAUCAGCAAUUCCCAUGCAUUGGUGGCUGAUCAACACACACAUAAAAGAUUAUGGCACCCGAUGCCGUUGCUUAGUGGCUAUAGUGUUGGACUGCUAGGCACUAGGUUGCGGGAUCAGAUCCUGGCCAUGACGGUCGUAUUUCGAUGGCCAAAUGCGAAAACAUCCGCAUACUUGCCCAAGGUGGUCCAAAUUAUUCCGGAGUCCCCCACUACAGCAUCCCUCAUAAUCAGAUUGUGGUUCUGGCUCGUAAAAUCCCAUAAUUUAAUUUUUAAUUAAAAAUGUGGCAGCUAAAAUUUGCAAUUUUGAUGAUGAAUUGAGUAAUUCUGUUUAAAAUGAACUAUUUGAUUUCAAAAUUCAAAUGGACUUGCAUAUAGUCUUGAAUGUAGUGAAGGAAAUAAACGCUAUAUUACGGCAUUUUGUCACCAUGUUUCUUUUUCUGCUUCUAGGAGAAGAAAGAAUACUUCGUAGUAUUCACUUCGAUAUGGGAUGCUCAUAUUUUUCAAAUAUUGGUAUUUGGUUGGGCUUGAAAAUUUUACUGUCAACAUACACCACUCUUGCUUUUUUGUCUAUGGAAAGUGUUUGCAGUCCACCAAAGUUUUUCUGUGUGUACAGAGCAUUUUGUGCCAUCACAAUUCGACAGUACCAUUGAUGUGAACUGACCCUAUGUGUUCAACCACCGAGGCCAUACAUGAACUUCUACAAUAUGUGCCUGCCCACCAGGACCCUGACCUCCGCUUGCAAUCGACACCGUUCCAGUUGUUGAACUGAAAGGGGCUGUUACUGCACUUAUCACUGAACUGUGUUUACCUGCAGUGCUGAAUCUGUAAAAUGCUGGAAUGAAGAAAGUGGAUGCGACAUGGUCAUCGCUGCCUCGGAGCUCUACGAGCAUUUCUUCCAAGAUUGUGAAUACCACACCACGUCUUGUCCUAAGUGCUCGGCUCCGAUUCUUUGCAACUAUGUGUUCGCACACCUCAUAAGUGAGUGUACCGAUCAUACCGUGUCUCGCAUGUCUAGAGCCCCGCAGGCUUCCUCCAGUGACCCAGAAGCAAUACUGAUGGCUUUGAACACAAGCUUAGAUGCGCGAGUUGGCGAAACAAAGGACAUCCUAAGUGAAGCGCUGAGCGCGAGCAGCGCUCAGCUCAAUAACCGACUAAAUGAGCUUUUUCUCUGUAUGAACACGAUCAGACAAGCAUUGUUACAGCCAUCCACAAGUGAAACUUGUGAAGGGCCGAGUCAUGUUCCAGAAGCGGCUGCUGGUGUUGCCUCCAUCAAGGCAGUCAAGCAAAUCGCUAACGCACACGGUGACAGGCUCGCCGAACUUUCAGAUAGCAUAAGCAGUCCAGGUUACACUACAAACCGAACUGUAGGAGAUACCGAAAUGACAAAUCUCGAGAUGCCCAAACAAAAUACAAAUAAUCCGAGCAUGGGUCAGGCAAAAUCGAGCAAAAGCGGGGCGCAACGCACUCCCAGUCUCAAAGAAAUUUCCCGGAGCCUGGAGGAGUCUGAUGAAAUCCAAAUGGGAACCGAUCUGGACCAUUCGACAAAUUUUACAACCUCUGAAAACAGUGCCACGAACUCUGGUUCGAACACUGCAACUAGAGAGAUUUUGAAACAAGCACAACAGCAAACGCAACCCGAUAGAGAAGAAGAUGCAGAAAGCACAGGUAACACCAAACGUUGCCAGCUCACUGUGAGGGCGCUAAAUUCAAUGAGGAAAUUUGCAGAAGUAAAUGGCUCUUUUGAUUAUGUUGGCGAAAAAAUAUACCUCUCUGGCUAUCACAUGUUGGCAGGCGUGAAGCUCAUUAGGGGUGAUGGUUCUGUGACCAUGCACGCUCGUAUUAAGCUUAUCAAAGGUGUGAACGACGAAUUUCUCCACUGGCCAUUCAAAGGAAACAUCAAGGUGAUCGCUGUACAUCCGUCUGGGCACCAAGUGCGCCAUUGUGUAAAUUACACUUUUCUCAGUAUUUCGCACUUUGGAAAGCCAGGACCAUUUGGCAACACACCCUUGUAUUUUGCAGAGUCUUCAUUAUGCUUGGAAGAUCUUGAGCGUGAAGGAUACACAGUAGAUGACAAGGUUCAGCUGGCGUGGGAGCUCGCUUAGUGCAUCCGGUGAAUAUAUGAGUCAUUUCAAUCGUUUUGGUUUUGCUCCAAUGUACACUGCUGUCUGACAGCACUGCUAAUUUCAUUGAUCUGCCAUACUUGCGGAUUUGUUUGUGUUCAAUAGUAUUUCAUGACCUUUGUACUAUUACUUUGUGCUGAAUUUCUGUCCUUGUAUUGACUAUUAUCAUCACUAAUGCUUUCUUGCUCAGAAUAUGCCAAAUAAAGCGUUUAAUAAAAUGCAAGUAGUGGGGCUUCUGUACAAACACGUUUAUUUCUCGUGUAGAAGUGCUUGUGUGUACAUAAAAUUCUGUUUGGCAUCUUA